UUAUACUGUUGUGGCCAUUCACUGAGAAUGGGCAUCUAAUAAGCCGACUAACAAUUGACGUCAUGUUCCUGCGACUGUUUAUAUGCGACAUACCAUCAUGGCUCUGUUUCCAGCUUUUGCUGAAGUAGAGAGUAACAAAGUUGAAGAUUCGUCCAAAGAAUUAGACUGGCUGAAAAAUAAGAGUUUUCGGACUGGAGAGGCCCUCUCUCUUCACAGUCGUUUUUUUGAGAAGAUCAGUGACAGUGAGAGGCUGAACCAGAAGGAAUCAAGUGUAGGCAAAGAUGUGAGCUCUGCGGAGGAGGAGGAAGAAGAAGGCAAUUUACCACCCAAAAAGAAGAAAAAAAAGAGUGAAAAGAAAAGGAAAAAGAAGAAAAAACACAAAAAGAAGAGUGAAAGAUAUUCAGACGGCAGUGGGACCGACUCUGAAACCGUUUUCCCCAGUGACCUCAAAAGGGCACAAGUGGCAGAUAGUCCUCAGCCCGCUCCGUUAGCAAGUUGUUUCUCCUGGUUGGAUGACCUCCAGUCGCCCACAAAGCAGCCGUUCUGUGUGGACCGUAAAGCAGACCCAUCCAACUGGACCUACAAGUCCCUGUACAGAGGAGACGUAGCCAGGUAUAAGAGGAAAGGCAGCUCGUCCUUGGGAUUGGACUUCCGCAGACAGGGCGUCAGCUGGGAGGAGUCAGAGUCAAAUAAGAAACAGAAAGGCGGUGACAAGAAGAGAGCAGCAGACAGAUACUUCUCUACAGUCAGUCGCAAGCUACUGAGGUCCGAGCCCCCUAUUCCUACAUUACCUACGAUUCCUGAGUGCGGUGAUGCCGUCAGCCCUGCCUCCUUCCUCCCGCUGGGUGACAAGGAGAACAAAGGAGCAGAGACUGGUGACAGGGUGAAGACGUCAUCAGUAAAUCCUCUCGGCGUGUAUGACACGUCAACGGCCCUCUGGCUGCAGGGGAAGGGACAGCAGGAGCAGACAGAACCGCAGAAGCAGGACACACAGACGGGGCAAAGUGCAGCGCUUUUGGCUGGAAGGACUGAAGAGUUUAACAGGCGACUCAGAGAGCAGCCGGAAGACACGCAGCUGUGGAUAAAAUUCAUACGAUACCAGGAUGAGCUGAGUGCAACAAUGUUUGGAGGCGAGGAGGAACAACAGGGCAGCGAUUCGGCCGAGCACCGUAAGUCUUCCUACAGAGCAGUCCUGGAGAAAAAGCUGAGCAUCGCAGAGCGUGCAGUGGCCACCAACCACAGCUGCAUAGCCCUACAGCUGGAGAGGCUCAGGAUCUGCCAAGAGCUCUGGGAGCCCUCACUUCUGGCUAAAGAAUGGAAGAAACUGGUGUUCCUCCAUCCAAACAAUGCCCCUCUGUGGAAGGAGUAUCUGCUGUUUACCCAGAGCUACUUCAGCAACUUCACAGUGUCCAAGGUCAACGCUGCCUAUGGGAAGUGUCUAAGCACGCUCAGUGCGGUGCGUGACGGUAGCAUGGUCUCUCACCCGGCCCUGCCAGGACUUGAGGAAGAUAUGUUGGAUAUCUUCACCCAGCAGUGUCAUUUCCUACGUCAGUCUGGUCACACAGAGAAGGCGAUUUCUCUGUUUCAGGCCAUGAUCGACUUUACUUUCUACAAACCUGACAGCGUGAGAGAACUGUCCACCAAGCAGCAGGUUGAGUUCUUUGAGCCGUUCUGGGACAGCGGAGAGGAGAGGGUUGGGGAGUUGGGGGCCAGAGGUUGGAAAGCCUGGAUGCUUCAACAGGAGCGAGGAGGGUGGCUACAGCCCAGUGCAGAGGAAGAGGAGGAGGAGGAAGAGGAGGAGGAGGAGGUGAAGGAUCGGAGCCAGCCCAGAUGGACAGUCUGGCUGGAUGUGGAGCUGACUCGUGAAGCAGCUCACUGGUUGCCCUGGAGGCCGGACAAAGCCAAGGGCCAAUCAGAAGAGGACUGCGAGGACCCGGACAGACAGGUGUUGUUUGAUGACAUUGGGCCGUCCCUAAUUUAUCUGUCUUCACCAGAGCUCCAGCUCCGUCUUCUUCUCCGUUUCUUGUCAUUUCUGGGACUCCCUGUAGACUCUGUGCUCUCUGCUGCCCCCUGUCAGCCUGGCCUGCUGCUGGAGAGCCUUUCUCUGCUCACUCAGGGUUAUGAGCUCAGGCGUCCUCUGACCUCCCAGGACCUACCUGAACCCGGGGUUAACUCUGUAGGUCACAUGACCACUCUCCAGGGAACAAGGAAGUGGGUGGGGCUUGGGAAGCAGGGCGAGAGGUUUGUCACAAAUGUGUUUAAUAUGAUCCAACCUGUCCUUCCCGCCCACCACCGAUCCGCCCUGUCACUCAGCUGGAUGCAGUACGAGAAACUCAAGGUCUUGCGUUGCCUGCGUGGCAGCAACAAAAAGCGUGUCCGCUCUCAGGGAAAGAGCAGCAAGAGAAUUACAAAGCAACUGCUCAAAGAACCCGACAACCGCUCCUCGCUGGUGUUGUGGAGGGAGUAUGCCCACCUGGAGUGGAUGCUGGGCAACCUCGACGAGGCUCGUAAAGUCUUCUCCACGGCAACAGCGAUAGGUGGAACCAAAGGGCUGAAGAGCUCCCCCCUCUGUGAGCUAUGUCUACUGUGGGCCCAGUUGGAGGUGGAGGACGGGUCAAGCGUGCAAGGGGGAGGACUAACUGAUGUCACCGUGUCCCCAGCUGUUUGUGUAUUAACCAGGCUAGCAGAAGGAACCUCCUCUUCCUCUCAGCCUCUCUCUCCGGUUUCCAUCCUGAAAGCCAGGAAGUCGUAUGAACAGGCUCUGACUGCCGGCUUGGCAUCUCUGGACCAAAACCCCCACAAACCUCAGGCCAACAAAACAGCACGUGAUGAGGACCUGCUAGAAGAGAAGCUGAGGCUAAGAGGCCUAAUAGGCUGCUACGCUCUGUUCCAGUACCUCACCAUGGGCAUCCAAGCAGCUAACGGCGUCUACAGCCAGGCUAGAGAGAGGGUGGAGGAGCUGCACCGCACGCUAACACUUGCCAAGCAGCUUAACAGUAAUGAAGAAGCCAACCUUGCUAGCACUGGUGCUAGCCAGUCUGCAGAGGGUUCCAGCCAUACCAGCAGACGCUAUGUUAACAGGCUAGCUUCUGAGUGUGAGGCAUUAGCAGUGCAGCAGGCAGCGUUGCUUAGGUACCACAACAGCAUCAGUGUUUUUCCACUGGCAACACUAAGACAGACGGUCACCUCUGCCCUCUCUAGCUGGCCCAGCAGUGCCCCGCUCUGGAGCAUAUAUGUCCAGGUUGAGAACCGUUACCAUAGUGCUGGCCGGGCGCGUCGCUUUUUUCACUCUGUAACCAGGAACAACAGCAGUUUGGUGCCACGCCUCUUUGCCAUUGUUGCUGAACAACAAAGGAAGCAGCUGGUGGACGCUGCUCAGAGGUCUUGUUGCCAUGAUGCUGCCUUGCCCAUCCUGCCAGAGAAUGGACUCAGCAACCGUAUCCGUGGACUGUUUGAAAGCGCCAUAGCAACAGAAAUGGGCUCUCACUGUCCUUUACUUUGGAGGAUGUACAUGCACUUCCUGGUGUCUGAAGGGAAGGGUGAUAAAGCCAAAGGGAUCUUCUACAAGGCCUUACAGAAUAUCCCCUGGGCUAAGGGAUUGUACAUGGACGCAGUGCAGCUGUUCCCUGAACAUCUGCAGGAGUUUGUAGAUCUGAUGACAGAGAAAGAACUCCGGCUGAGACUGCCUUUAGAAGAACUGGAUAUACUACUGGAGGACUGAACAAACAUCUCAUUCAAGAACUUGACUUUGCUUUACCGGCAACAUGCCAAUAUCGGCACACUUGAUUGCAAGAAUAGGAGACGUACACUGUACACAAACUCAGAUACUUACACACACACACACACACACACAGGAUUAGCAUUAACCAGUGAAGUUGCAGUGAUAAAGAAGCCAUCCUUUGUAUAUAAUAUCUAAUGCUUUAUUUUCACAGCGAACCACAAAGACUGUUUUAUUACCAGACAGUUAAUAAAGAUAUCAUUCUCACUCA